AUGAUCCCUCGGUGGUUGCUGCUCGUGGUCGGUCUGUUGCUGGCUUGGUCCGCACAACCGGCCACGGCCAAGGGGGACCAACCCAAACUCGCGACGGAAGUCCUCGACCAUGCGCCCUACGACCUUUUCUAUUUCAAAGGCACAGAAACCGUUCUCUACCGUGACUAUAAGAAACACACCGCCCAUGUAUCAUUCGAUGGAGGCUCGAAGUGGGAAGUCGUCAAGGGCCCCGAUGGGAAGAUGGAGGGCGCGGCCGCCGUUAUUUGGCCGCACCCGUACGACUCGAAGCGCGCCUACAUUCUCGGUGAGAAGGGUCAGCAUUGGAUCACCACUGAUCAGGCUGAGAGUUGGCACCCCUUUGAGAUUCCCGCCCGGCCUAUGAUGACGGAGCGCGGUACCCCACCGCUUGCUUUUAAUGGAUGGGACGCCAAAAAGGUCAUCUUCAUGGGCCUGGAUUGCUCUGGUAUCCUUGGGUGCAUGCCGAAGGCGUGGUAUACCCUGGAUGACUUUAAGACUUGGAACCCACUGCAGGAGAUGUUCUACUCGUGUAUGUGGGCCGCAGGCACGCCCGAGUUUGGAUUCGACCUUGAUUUGUCCGAGGAUAUUGGAGAUCGCGUUCUGUGCGUGGUGCCGGGAUUGAAGGGCCCUAUGCAUUCUGAGCGUUUGAUUUCUUCGAAUGAUUAUUUCCAAAAUGGUAUAGAUGGUACCGAGGUUAAUCUUGACCGUGGACGACCUGUUACCGGUAGCCAGAUCAUUGCGCGCUCCGUGAAGAAGUAUCUGGUGGUUGGUUUACAAUCGCAGGGUACCACUGAACAAGCGCUUUAUAUCAGUGACGACUCGAAGGAAUGGCACCGUGCUGAGUUCCGUGGACAUCGCAUCGAACAGGAUGCGUACACCGUUCUGGAGAGCACCAAUUACAGUAUCCAAGUCGAUGUGCAGACGACCUGGCAUAAGAAUAGUGUCGGCGUGCUGUUCUCGUCCAACUCCAAUGGAACCUAUUUCACCCCCAACAUCGAGCACACCAACAGAGAUGCCAACGGUUUCGUUGAUUUCGAAAAGGUCGCCGAUAUUCAGGGCAUUGUGAUUGUGAAUACGGUUAAGAAUUGGGAGGAAGUGGAGGAGUCUGACAAGACAGAGAAGAAACUUGUCAGUGGCAUCAGUUUCGAUGAUGGCAGAACGUUCCAGCCUCUGAAAGCCGAUGGUGAUGUCCUCCAUUUGCACUCCAUGACCUCCUACGACUCUAUGCACGAGCUUCCCAUUGGCCGCAUGUUCUCCAGCCCCGCGCCGGGUAUCGUGAUGGGUGUGGGUAAUACUGGCGACCACCUCAAGAAGUACUCGGAUGGCGACCUGUACGUCUCCGACGAUGCGGGUCUCACCUGGCGCCGCGCGCUCAAGGGGCCUCACCACUUCAAAUUCGGUGAUCAAGGUGGUGUCAUUGUUGCUAUUAGCGACGAUGGCAAGACCGACAAAGUUAAAUACUCCCUCAACCACGGCAAGGACUGGGAAGAUGCUAUUAAGCUGGAGCACAAGAUCAAGCCUCUGUAUAUCACGACCACCCCCGAAGCGACUAGUCUGAAAUUCUUGAUUGUCGGCGAGUCCAGUGAGAAGGAGGGCUACAUCAUCUACACGAUUGACUUUGAUGGACUCCACGAGCGCAAGUGUACCAAGGACGACCUCGAGCCCUGGUGGGCCCUCCUCGAUGAGGACCGGAAACCCAAGUGUUUGAUGGGUCACAAGCAGAAGUUCAUGCGCCGCAAGGCCGAUGCGGAGUGCUUCAUCAUGGAGGACAAGUUGGACCCGCCUAUCUUUGAGCCGUGCGACUGUACCAAGGAAGACUUUGAGUGUGACUACAACUUUAAGCGCAACGAACAGAACGAGUGCGUACCAGCCGUGCCUCUUGCUCCCCCUGCGGGUACGUGUGGGAAUAAAGGCGACAAGUUCAUGGGCCCCUCUGGCUGGCGACUUAUCCCUGGAAAUACCUGUCGCCGCACGGAUGGCAAGAACUACGACAAAGAGAUUGAACGCUCUUGUGAUGAUGCCACGGGCUCUCCUGGUGGUGGCAUCGGCGGUGGUGAUGGCAAGGUUCAUGCCGGGAACGCGCACGAAUUCGCCGGCACUGACCUGGAGUACUUCUAUCUGGAGCGCCAAACGAGUAACUCGGGAGAUGACGAGACUAUCUUCCUGCUCUCUAGUAAGAAUGAGGUGUUUGUCACUCACGACCACGCCAAGACUUGGGAUCAGCCCAAGGAGCUCAAGGGUGAGGUGAUUGUCGGCAUGGUCCAGCACCCUUACUACAGCGAUGGUGCUUACUUCUUGACUGCUGGUGACACCGCGUACUCGACCAUCAACCGUGGUGAUACUUUCAAGAAGUUCAAGCUGCCUACUUCCUUGGCGAACCGUGAAAAGGGCGAUCCCAACCCAUUGGCCUUCCAUGAGAAAUACAUGGACUGGAUGAUUUGGAUGGGCAAUGAUGAGUGCAAGGGCAGUGACUGUGUUCCCGAUGCGUACUUCACCAAGAACCGCGGUGCGGACUGGGAAGGCCCCGACCUUCGUGGCGUUGGUCAGUGUCUCUUUGCCUACCACAAUGGCCGCGAGGAUAGCGAGGAUCUUGUUCUUUGCGAGCAGUAUGAGAAGGAGAGCAAGAAGUAUAACCGCCAGCUUGUGUCCAGCGAUUCCAAGGAUAACCGGUUCGGUGACCGCAAGGUUAUCAACGAUAAUAUCGCCCACUUUGUCACCAUGAAUGAUUACAUCGUCGUGGCCACCUUCCCGACUGAGAAGCACAAGUACCUGAAUGUCAGCACCAGUAUGGACGGCCGCGUCUUUGCGCAAGCCAACUUCCCCAUCAACGUCGAUGUCCAGCAAUACACCGUGCUGCCCGGUUCUACGGAUGCCCUAUUCCUGUUCGUCCAGAUCAGUGCCGAAGCAGGCCACAGCUACGGCCAGCUGGUCAAGAGUAACAGCAACGGCACCUACUUUGUCUCGAGUCUGUCAGCCGUGAAUGUGGAUGACCGCGGCUAUGUUGAUUUCGAGAAAGUCGCUAAUCUCGAGGGCGUCGCUCUGGCUAAUGUCGUCGCGAAUGUCGACGAUGUCAAGAACAAGGGUUCGAGCAAGAAGCUGCGCUCGGUGAUUACUCAUAACGACGGUGGUCAAUGGGCUUUGCUUAGUCCCCCUAUAAAGGAUGCCGAGGGCAACCAGUUCGGCUGCUCUCCUUUUGAGGGCAAGGGCAUCGAGGGGUGUGCGCUGCAUCUUCACAGUUAUACUGAGCGUCGUGACUGGCGGGAUACCUUCUACUCUGGCUCCGCUAUCGGCGUACUCAUUGGUGUUGGUAAUGUUGGUGAAUAUCUGAAGAGUGCUGACAGUGAAGAUGUCGGUACAUUCCUGAGCAAUGACGGCGGUAUCACCUGGGACCAGGUCAAGAAGGGCCGUUACAUGUUCGAGUUUGGCGACUCGGGUUCCAUCAUCGUGCUCGUGCGCGAGCUGGAGCCUACCAAUACUGUCUUCUACAGUCUUGAUGAGGGCAGGUCCUGGUCAGAGUUCCAGUUCGCCGAUACGGAAGUGAUCGUCCUAGACAUCUCGACCGUUCCUUCGGACACUUCUAAGAGCUUCGUCUUGUGGGUUCGCGAGCCCAAGUCCUCUAAUCGCUUUGCCACUAUUCCCAUCGACUUUAGCGGAAUUUGGGAUCGCGAGUGUGCGCCGCCUGAUGGAAAGGAGACUAGCAAUGAUUACUAUCUGUGGACUCCCAAACACCCGCUGCAGGAUGACAACUGCCUCUUCGGCCAUGUGGAGCAGUACCACCGGAAGAAACCCGAGAAGGAGUGCUGGGUGAACUGGCGCGAUACCCAUGUGCACCGGGUCGAGGGCUCGAAUUGCACUUGUUCCCGUGCAGACUUUGAAUGUGACUACAACUACGAGAUUCAAAGCGACGGUAGCUGUGGUCUUGUACCCGGUUUCCAACCACCCGACCACAGCCUCUCAUGCAAGGACGACCCUGAGCAGGUCGAGUACUGGGAGCCCACCGGCUACCGCCGUCUUCCCCAGACAACCUGUCAAGGCGGCUACGAGCUCGACAAGCUCCAGCCACAUGCCUGCCCCAACAAAGAGAAGGAAUUCGAGCGCAAGCACGGUAUCAGCGGCGUCGGCCUCUUCUUCGCCAUCGUCACUCCUAUUGCCGCCGCCUCAGCCUUUGGCUACUUCGUCUAUACCCGCUGGGACGGCAAGUUCGGCCAGAUUCGCCUUGGCGAGUCCGGCAGCUCAUCGGGCCAGAGCUGGCUUGCCCGGGAUUCUCUCCUCGUCGCCGUGCCCGUUACUAUUAUUGCGGGCGCUGUCGCUGUGGCUCAGGCACUCCCCAUGCUUGCUAUGAGUCUUUGGCGUAGUGUUAGUGGCUUCGUGCGUGCCCGCAGCCGUGGAUAUCAGCGACCAUAUGCGACGAGGGGAUCAUUUGCCGCGCGUCGUGGUGAUUAUACACAUGUCGUCGAUGAUGAAGAUGAAUUGCUUGGUGCGGAUGAUCUCGAUGAUGACGAGGAGGCGUAG